AUGCCUGAUUAUAUACGUGGGAAGAAGAGACUUACGGAAUUGAAUAUGUGUUGCACCAAUUCAGUCUGGCAAGAUACCUCAAAAAACAAUAGCCAUUUAAUUUCUCAGGUUGUUGAUGAUUUUCGCAGCCCCCUCUUGCCCGGGUUGCCCGAUGAUGUGGCCAAGUGCUGCCUUGCUCUUGUCCCUCGAUCUAACUUCCCUGCUAUGGGUGGUGUGUCCAAGCGAUGGAGGAUGUUUAUCAAGAGUAAAGAGUUCAUCACAGUUCGAAAACUAGCUGGCAUGCUUGAGGAGUGGCUCUAUGUGCUGACAACGGAUGCUCAAGGAAAGGGGAGCCACUGGGAGGUUUUGGAUUGUUUGGGACACAAGCACCAUGACCUUCCACUGAUGCCUGGUAAUUUCAAGGCUGGUUUUGGCGUUGUGGUUCUCAACGGAAAACUUCUAGUCAUGGCUGGCUAUACAAUAAUGGAAGGGGUUGGGUCUGCCUCGGCAGAUGUAUACCAAUAUGAUUCUUGCCUCAACAGCUGGAGCAAAUUAGCAAGCAUGAAUGUGGCUCGCUACGACUUUGCUUGUGCAGAGGUAGAUGGCAUGGUUUAUGUAGUUGGGGGUUAUGGGAUGGAUGGUGAGUCUCUCUCUUGUGCUGAGGUGUACAACCCAGAUGUUAACAAGUGGACCUUAAUUGAGAGUCUUCGUCGCCCAAGAUGGGGUUGCUUUGCUUGUGGUUUUGAGGGAAAGCUUUACAUUAUGGGUGGAAGGUCAAGUUUCACUAUUGGAAACUCAAGGUUUGUUGAUGUGUAUAACCCUGAGAAGCACAGCUGGUGUGAAAUGAAAAAUGGUUGUGUCAUGGUCACUGCUCAUGCUGUGCUUGGAAAGAAUCUCUUUUGCAUGGAAUGGAAGAAUCAGCGGAAACUAGCCAUAUUUAAUCCUGAUGACAAUUCAUGGAAGAUGGUUCCAGUUCCAGUGACUGGAAGCUCAAAAAUUGGGUUUCAGUUUGGGAUAUUGGAUGGAAAGCUUUUACUGUUCUCGCUGGAUGAGGAACCUGCUUACCAUNAGUGA